CGCUUAAUAUUUUCUGCAUUAGAGCUCGCCGGCAAUGGCCUCCACAUCCAUUUGCUACUCCCCUCCCACUCUAGCUUGCCAGGUCUCACGAAACCCUCGCAAAACCUCUCCGAGAAACCCCUCUCGUAACCGUAACUCUAAGCCCAAGCCCAAGCUCAAAUCUCGAUCCACUUCCCACAAAUGUCGACCGCUUCCGAUUUCCUCCCCUGGCGACGAAGCCACCACCUACACUCGCCUCCCUCUCCGAGAAGACUUCUUUAUCCCUUCUUUAGACCCCUCUAGUUUCCUCUCGACCGAGGUAAAGCUCUCGGACUCGGUCGCUGCAGUAGAUACGAAGCCUCUGCUGAGUGAAAUUGCGCGCGGAAUUGACGAGUCGAGUAGCGAGGAAGAGGAGGUCGAUGACGAAUUAGGCCCGAAUUAUGAGAUUUUGGAGGAGUUUGAGGGGGGCUGUGCGUCUGGAGAUGAACUAGAGAAUGUUACCGAAGGUGCGGCAGAGGAGGGAGAGGAGGAGACGGGGAAGAAGGAGAAGGGGAUUCCGGCGGUGAUGCGGUGUUUCGACCGGGCGAAGAUCUAUGUGAAGGCCGGAGAUGGUGGGAACGGCGUUGUUGCAUUUCGGCGCGAGAAGUUUGUGCCGUUAGGCGGGCCUUCGGGCGGGGACGGAGGGAGAGGUGGGAAUGUGUAUGUGGAGGUUGAUGGGUCGAUGAAUUCACUGUUGCCGUUUCGGAAGAACAUUCAUUUUCGAGCGGGGAGGGGGGCACAUGGACAGGGGAGUAUGCAGGGUGGGGCUAGGGGAGAGGAUGUGGUGGUGAAGGUGGCUCCGGGGACUGUCAUUAGGGAGGCAUAUAAGAAUGGGGCUGUGGGUGAAGUGCUUUUGGAAUUGCUGCACCCUGGGCAGAGGGCAUUGUUGUUGCCUGGUGGUAGGGGCGGGAGAGGCAAUGCCUCGUUCAAGUCUGGAUCAAACAAGGCGCCCAAAAUUGCCGAGCGCGGAGAAGAGGGUUCUGAAAUGUGGUUGGGGUUAGAGCUGAAGCUGGUAGCAGAUGUUGGUAUAGUGGGUGCUCCGAAUGCUGGGAAGAGCACACUUCUCAGCGUGAUAAGUGCUGCACAGCCAACAAUAGCAAAUUACCCCUUCACAACUCUACUUCCAAAUCUUGGUGUUGUUUCAUUUGAUUAUGAUGCUACUAUGGUUGUAGCAGAUUUGCCAGGUUUACUUGAAGGUGCACACCAGGGUUUUGGUUUAGGCCAUGAGUUCCUACGGCACACUGAACGCUGUUCUGCCCUGGUACAUAUUGUUGAUGGCUCAUCCCAACAACCAGAAUAUGAGUUUGAUGCAGUUCGUCUUGAGCUGGAAUUAUUUAAUCCUGAACUUGCUGAAAAACCAUUUGUAGUUGCCUACAACAAAAUGGAUCUUCCAGAGGCAUAUGAGAAGUGGACUUCAUUCAGAGAAACUCUACAAGCUCGUGGAAUUGAACCUUUUUGCAUGAGUGCAGUUAAAAGAGAGGGCACUUAUGAAGUCAUUUCUGCUGCCUACAAGCUUCUGCAACGAAGAAAAGAAGCAAGUAAGGAGGCUGCAGGUUGGAUUGAAACAGAAAAUUUGAAUCAUGUGGCUGAAAUGGUUAAUACACGGCGAAAAGCCUCCAUGGGCGAUUUUGAGAUCUUUCAUGACAGUGAUUCCAAUGCUUGGCAUGUUGUUGGAUCUGGGCUGCAACGUUUUGUUCAGAUGACAAAUUGGAGAUAUUCAGAGUCAGAAAGAAGGUUCCAACAUGUUAUGGAGGCUUGUGGUGUAAAUAAGUCUCUUGUCAGACGUGGUAUCAAGGAAGGUGACACUGUGAUUGUCGGAGAGAUAGAGAUGGUGUGGCACGACUAUGCAGACAGUUCUAGUCCAUCAAAUGGGAGGAAGGAGUCAGGAAAUUCAAUCAGGUGGCCUGAGUUUAGGUGACCUGCCCAAACUAUGGCAAUACUAAUACACUGCAGGUGGCAAUAGGUCUACUGCUCUCAUAUCGUGACGAUAGACAUGAUGAAAGUUGAUCAAGACACGACCAAGUAACCACUGGAAGCACCAAGUGUGGAGAUAAUCAAGUACUAGUUUGCAUUCAGCUUGAUACAACUGAUUGUUGAAUUUACAUUUGAUCACUAUAAUCACCUAUGAGCUCUUCCUCCCCAUUGCAGGAGCACUCAACGGCAGAUGGGGAAUGGACAUGCUAGAAUGUGGGCAUAUUUUAUAGCAUAGUUCAUGAACUUAGUUGAGAAAGAGAAUGAAUUCUCAAUAUGCUAUUUAAUUAACUGUUCCUUGUGAGGUUCUUAAUCUGGUUAUUCUAUUCAUGGGCAAUAUUUAACUAGAUAAAUACUGGAAUUCAUUGAUGUAUUUGCUUUGGCAGCCCCAUAAAUAGGAAUUUUAUUCCCUCUCUA